CGGGCAGCCCCUCGCACUGAGGGGUUGUCUCCCCGGGAAGGGCUGGUGAUGGUCCGCGGACGGGAGCCUUGAGGCCUUCUUCCCGGGAGGCGAGGGUCGGGCAGGAGCGCCUGGCCCGUGCCCGCCUCGCCUCCGAGGGGCCCAAGGGGCGCCACGGCCCGACCCGCCGGCAAAGGGGGAAGUCGCCCGGCCUCAGCCUCGACCGUGACGCAGCGCCGAGCCGAGCCGGGCCGGGCCAGGCCGGGCCCUGAGGCGGUUUCCACGCGACUUCAGGCGCCCUCGGUGCAGCCGGCACUGGCGAAGCCCCGGCGGCCGCCCGCCCCUUCCGCCCCCGCGGCGGCUCCUUCUAGUCCCCAGCCCGCUGGGCGGAGGUGGGGGCUGUGCUGGCGCCGUCGCCCGAUCUGCACGGGGAAGGCACAACUCUUCCAGCAGACCCAGAAGGAGUUUGUGGCUCUCUCCUGCAAUAGCAGAAGGAUAGGAUGAGCAGCUGGGGUCUGGAAGUGAAGCUGUGGGCUCUCUGGACUCUGUUUGGCUGAAGUCCGUGUGUGCUGCCUGAGCUCAGGUGCAGUCAAUCAUCUGGACCCUGUAUGUUCUUGGCAGCAGUGGCCAUCUGUGGAAAAGAAAAAAGGGAAAAAAAUGAAGUAUAUACUCUUAAUAUUUUUCAUGAAUUUAUUACCACAGCAUGCUGGGAAGUCUUUGAGAAGAGAUGACAGUUACCCCAAAACGUUUGAAGACAUUAAAAAUGAGAUAGCUGGCUAUCGUGAUAUUGCUAAAGCUAUUAUUGAUCUUGCUGUUCAUGGAAAAGCUCAAAACAGAUCCUAUGAAAGAUUAGCUGUUUUUGCUGAUACCAUAGGACCCAGGCUCAGCGGUUCAAAAAAUCUAGAUGCAGCCAUCAAGUAUAUGUUCAAUGCCCUGUGGGAAGAUGGACUAGAAAAUGUGCAUCUGGAACCUGUGAAAGUACCACACUGGGAAAGAGGAGAAGAGUUUGCAAUGAUGUUGGAACCAAGGAAUCACAGCAUUGCUAUUCUGGGUCUUGGGAGCAGCAUUGCAACUCCUCCAGAAGGAAUUACAGCAGAAGUCAUAGUGGUGGCCUCUUUUGAUGAACUGCGCAAAAGAGCUCAGGAGGCCAAGGGGAAGAUUGUUGUCUACAAUGAACCUUACAUCAGUUAUGGUGAAACCGUGCGGUACAGAUCACAGGGGGCGGUGGAAGCUGCUAAAGUUGGAGCAGUGGCAUCCCUCAUUAGAUCCAUUGCUUCCUUUUCUAUUCAUAGCCCGCAUACUGGGUGGCAGAAUUACCAGCCUGACGUGCCCCGCAUUCCCACUGCUUGCAUCUCUGUGGAAGAUGCUGAGAUGAUGUCACGGAUGUCUUCCCGGGGCACUAAGAUUGUUGUGCACCUAAAGAUGGGGGCUAAGACCUAUCCACACUCUCCUUCCUUCAACACUGUGGCAGAGAUAGUUGGAAGCAAGUAUCCAGAGCAGAUUGUAUUGGUUAGCGGACAUCUGGACAGCUGGGACGUUGGGCAGGGAGCUAUGGAUGACGGUGGUGGCGCAUUUAUAUCAUGGGAAGCAUUAUCACUCAUUAAAGAUCUGGGACUUCGCCCAAAAAGGACUCUGCGCUUGGUGCUAUGGACAGCAGAAGAGCAAGGAGGAGUAGGUGCUGAGCAAUACUAUCAGUUGCAUAAGGAAAAUAUCUCCAACUUUGAUAUCGUCAUGGAGUCUGAUGAGGGCACCUUCAGGCCAUCUGGACUGGGUUUUACUGGCAAUGCUAAAGCUCGGGACAUCAUGAAAGAGAUCAUGAGUCUGCUGCAGCCCAUCAAUGUUACAGAUGUUUACGACAGUGCAGAUGGAACGGACAUUGAUUACUGGAUGAGAGUUGGGGUGCCGGAAAGAGCCUUGCUGAUUUGAGAUGGAGGGUGGAUGCGCGCAGGAAAAGUUUCCAGUGCCUUUUACUGUUGAAGCUUCAUCUGUUUGGUUUUUGUUUUUUUCAGUUAAGGGCUGUUUAAGAUAUUAUUUUAGAGUCUAGUCAACCUGUGCUCUGUGGAGUAGAACAACUUCCUUCCCUGAGACCUCAUUUCACAGGAUUUUAUGCAAGUUUAGAUUGAAUCCCCAGCUGUCACCAGUCCUCUGCCGCAAUGAGUGAAAGGUUAAUGCAUUGCAAAAGUAACUGUGAUAAUCCUGAGCUGUAAUUUAGUCUGUUUAGUGUAUCCAGAGGAUUAAUUCUCAAAUGCAUUAAGCAAAACAAGAAAUAAUGCACACUUCAUCUUGUCUCCCUUACACUGUAGUCUCAUUUAAUUAGCCACUGAAAGAACCGAGUGAAAGCUUUCCCUCUGCCUUGUUGUUUGAAUCAUGAAUUUUAAAGACUUUUGAGAGAAUGACUCAGGAGGUGAAACAGCAGGACUUCUGAUGUUAUUUACAAGCUUUGUACUGGAAACUAUUUCAGUGUCUGUAGUCAUGAAACUCAAGUAACUUAGCCUGUAAUUUCAUCAUUUGAGACUAAAUGAUAGGAGAAGUAAUGCUGUCAGCACCCCACUAAACAGCAUUAGCAUCUCCAUUGCCUCUGCUUACUUGAAAAAUGGAUAAUGAAAUAAUUGGCAUUAAAGCCAGCUAUCAACUCCAGGUUAUCCCCUGAAAGAAGAGGUUGAUACGUGCACCAAAAUACAGACAAUACCUGCCUGCAAUAAAGGGGUUUUCAUUACAGUAAUAGUUCUGAAGGCUGCAAUUAAAUGAGGGCCAUUGGUGCAACACCUCACACAAGCAGCCGAGCGCUCCCCGGGGUUUGCAGUGCCAGGGAUGCUGCAGCACGGGGAGAACCUUCCAGUCAACCCAUCCCGAACUGAACAUCCCUUGCAGCAGAUUUAGCCACUGACCAUUCAAGAUUUGUCACUUUGCUGGGUUUUACAAAGCCACAAAAUGAAAUAGAAGUAGUAUAAGAAACUAUGAUCCUGUUCAUAUCUUUUCUUUGUUUUUCCUCUGGUAACUCUUUGACACGUAUGAAGACAAAGAUCAUGUGUCUCCCCGCCUCUGUUCUGCAGUUUUGACCUUUUAAAAUGUCUGGGGCAGCAAUGCUCCAGCUGUGAGAAGUUGUUGAUUCUGUUACUGUAUAGACAUAUGUGUACCCACACACCCCUGGUUUAUAGGGUGUGUAGGAGCACAAAGCUGAGAUAGCAUUCUGGUGUGAGGAGGAGAAUGCUCUUCAGUAUCUGUGCUUUCCUGGUACACAGGAGUUUUUAAUAGCAUAGAAGAUUGUGAUGCAUCCCUUUGCCUCUUUUUUUUUUUUAUAUAUAUAUUUCUAAGUAUGUGAUGUAAAGGAAAAGGACAUACAUAUUUCAUCAGGUCUUCCUUUAUUUCCAAGGCAUUGUAGUUUUUUAGUGCAUUCCUGAAUAGUGUCUUUGGCAUUAAAGGGGUCCAAGAUUGGAAUAAACUUGCUAAUGAAGUAAAGGAGUUUUUCUUGUUUCUUAAGGUAAACACAGGCAACUAAAGCAAUCUUUAAUAAAUGGGAAAAACAAUGAGUCCGUCUUUUGUAGCCAGGACAAUCACUGCAGAAACAAAAAUAAGGUUUCAGAUCAGGUGUUCGUGUUGACAUCUUACUACAAGCAGUACCUUCGAUAAUGAGCAGAUUUGUCUUGACAGAGAGAUGAAGCUCAAACACAUACCUACUUAGAAGAUGCAAGAGAUCCACACGUUAUCUGCAAAGCCUUUCUUUUACCUUCACAAACUUUUGGAAAGAUUGAGCAAAAUUUCCGUUGUGAAGGCAUUUCCAGCUUUGCUGUUAGGCGGUAGUACAGCUUGCUCAAUGGGGCACUGGCCUGAGCUCAGAUGUCUGGCAUCUAUUCCUUUCUCAGCUGCUGUGAGAAAAUGAAUGUGCCGUUUCAUCUCUGCGUGUCUCUCUCAUCCUGCAGUCUCUUCUGUCUGCUUAGAGUGUAUGUUCUUCUAAGCUGGAGUCUUUUGUAUUUGGAGGGGUAUAUAUAUGGUGUAAGAUAAUGGAGUGGCAAUUCUGUCAGCUCCUCUAGGGACUACUGUAAAAUGAAAAGUAAAAAAGUUAUACAUUGCUGUAAUUCAUUAGCAUAUUAACUUCACUAUAUAUCGCAAUGUGCAUGUAGAGGUCAGUAUCCCAAAGAUCUAGCUGUAAUAUUGAAGACCCAGCACAACCAAGAGAGGUUAUACAAAAGGUGAGGAAUUUCCCAAUGUAUUUGAAAGUUUCAUGGAAUAGUUGCGUUGUGAAGUUUACAUGAAAACAGGACAUCUGGAAAGCCAUCGACAGGGCUGUACAGCAGAAGGAUACUGACUUUAAGAUUCACAUUUGGCUUCCUAUGGCAAUUAAAUGCUAUUUGGGAUAUAGUAAAAAAGAAAAAAAAUCUAGGGAGGAAUGUAAUGCAAAAUGUUUUACACUGAAAAAAUAUGCAGGAGUUACUAUAUGCUCCCCCCUUGAAGGUAUCUGGUUUUUAUAGGAAUUGCCUUUGUAAUAAUUCUGAUAACCAAUAACUAAUUUUCCAGUCAUUGUUUGCACAAAUGACAAUAAUUUUAAUGCUUAAGUAUCUGGCAAUAGAGUUUAAUCUAGUGAUGGGUUGUCACAGCAGUGCAUAUGAAGGCAAUAGUACCUGACAGUGAUUGACAAGAAGCAGUGAUCAUCAUUGACAUGCUCAUCAUUCAUUUUGUGGCUCAUUCAUUCUUUUACCUCAAUAGCAGCAUCACAUCUUCUUAAGUUGGCAAGAAAAAAAUGUUUCACGCAGUUUAUUAAUGUGUGAAGAACUGGGGUUUAAUGUGGACAUGUUGUAAGGCAGGUAAAUAUUCUGGUCAUCAGCUAAGUAAUAUUCACAUUGUGCAUUUCAUGCUGAGAUCAGCAGCUAGAGGGGAUGAGCUGUUUUUCUAAAUUUCUCAGUGUGCGUGUCUGGAUUUUUCUCAAGAUACUCUUACACAGCUGAUUACUGAAAAUACAUUGUCAGUAUCAAUUACCCAAGCAGCUGCUUUUACCUGCCUUAUGCAGUGCACCAAACUGUGUAUGAAAUAGCUGCUUAUGCAGAAUUCGUGAAAUGAGUUCAAGACAUGAAUGAGCUUGACUUGAAGAAUUUGUUUAUCUUGUGUCAGUUUUAAGAGAUGUCUGAAUGAGGCGAGGAGAUGGCACCAUGGGCUAGAGAGUCCCACAGAAUGGCUGUAUUGACAGACACCUCUUGAGAUCAUCUCAUGCAACACCCCUCUCAAGCAGGGUCAGCUGUAGCGGGUUGCCCAGGGCCACGGUCAGUCGGGUUUUGAGUAUCUCCAGGGGUGGAGACUCCACAACAUCUCUGGACAGCUUGUGCCAAACAAUGUGACAACCCUCUCAGUAACAAAGUGUUAUCUGGUGUUCAGGUGGUAUUUCACGUGUUUUAGAAUCGGAGAAUCAGAGGGAACACAAGUGACACUAAAUAGCUGCUGUCAGGUAACUGGACUGGACCACUGUACUGAAGAGGUUUUCCUGCCACUUUGUAAUGGAAUGAUGAAUUAUUGAAGCUGCAAAUUAUUAAUUAUUUUCAGUUUUUAAUUUCCAGUAUUUUUGAUGCAUUCAAAUGCAUUUUUGGCAGCAGUUUUUGUCAUUCCCUGUUUCCAUGCCACAGCAUCUACUACAACCAGCUAGAAGCAGUUUCUCACUGAGUUCCUUAUCAGCCAGCAGUGUUCCUCAUGUGAUUCGCAUCACUGUAAAUGUGAACAGACUGAAACAGAACAAUUAAAGAAGGUUGUUUGGCAAACGUCCCUUUUUUCUUUAUGAGUGUUCUUGCUCUGCAGACACAGGAAAGCAGCAAAGCUCAUAAAACGUGACAGUGGAGCACCCAGCCCAUCACUUGUUUUUCUGUUUGAUUAUUGGUUCCACCUAGAUAAUGGGAAUUAAAUAUGUGAUACAUACAUAUAUAAUGCUUCCAAUCUGAGGAUUUUUAAGUACUUAAUUAGGCCUUUCGGUCUCUUGAGAGGCUGUACACAGUCCCCUUUCUAGGUGGCUAGCAUGGAGACGAGUGAAUAACUUAUAGCAGGCCUAUGGCACAUGGCUACUCACGUGUUUUGCUUGUCUGCUACCUUAUGUAGCUGGCAAAAAUACACCUCCAUUUGUUACUGGCUGUUGUUCCUGAGGGAAGCAUUACAUAAUAACAACAACAAAAGAAACCCUUACAUCAAAUUUAGAUGAAAGAACAAAAUGGUUAGCCAUUGGAGUUUUAAAACUUGUGUCUAGGUGAAUUUUUCCGGUUUCUUUCAGGCUUCUGAAAGUGGCAUGUUUGGCUUCCAGGCAAAUUUUUUUUGAGAAAGGUUAAUAAUACAGUGACUGUCGAAGAUCCUGUUUGGUCAACCAGCUGAUGUGCUUUGAAACCUGCCCGUUUGAAGCGUUGUGCAGAGUUCUUCUCCCGCUGCCCUUGCCUUCUGUGGGAUGGCUGCUUGUGCUCACAGCAUUGCUGCUUCUGUUAGUUUUUCAGAAAAGCAGCUGUAGGAUCCCACAGACUUUAGGUAACCCAACAUGACUGCGGUCUGUGGAGCCCCACAGGACUCCCCUCUUCAUAGCCAUCUGCAGGGGCUGAUCUUAGUCCUGGAUGCAUUUGCUGGCAAAAGAGUUCUGCUCAGAAUCUUGCUGCAGUUUGGCAAUCUCCGGAAGCCAUAAAUAUCUCUGGGCAGCUAACAUCAGCAUGGAGGAGUCUCAAGUUUGGAGCAGGAGACAUGAAAAUUGCUUGCAGCCAUAUCUGUGCCCCAGGGUGUUUCAUGUCUAGAGGCUUGUGUGGGGCUCUAGGCUGUAAAUUGUUCUCGUGCUCAAAGCCAAGAACACAGAUUUUUACUUUUGUUUCUAAUUACAUAAGACGAAACUGCUUUCUUAGGGUCUUUCCUUAGUCUCCCAAGAUGUUUACAGGUCACUGACUUCAAUGCUAGCCCAAGACUUAAAAGAACACAGCCGGUUUAGGAACCUUUCAAUAUUCUCCCUACUCACACACUCUGAUGUUUCUUGCACUGUAAUUGCUUGAUAUCAAAGUCAGAUCAUUUUCUGAUUUCUAAAAUCAGUUUAGAGAAGCAAAUCUGUUUCAGCAUUUCAGGGAGUUAAACAUUACAAAGCAAAGGGUGCUUAUCCUUGUUCCAUUCACAAAGAUGCUGCUCUAUAAAUCCAUAGUUGCUGUGAUUACUGAAAUGUCUAUGACAAAUUGCAGGCAACCAAUUUUUGUCUUGAGUCUUAUAAAAGUGUUUUAAAAUUGUAAUAGGUUUGCCUCAGUGGCUUGACUUGUAAUGUGUCUAGUGCAGAAGUCCAUCAGUUAAAUGGUUUAUCAUAGUUCAGCCCUUUUAUGGUUGUAUGUAUUUAAAAGAAUUAAGAAUAAAAUUUAGAAGUGAAUGUGAGUUGACAUAAAUUGAAUGCUAAAGUUAUUGGAACAUCGUUCAGCACCUGUAACCUACCCAGUGACUUCUGUGGGAGUGCAUUGCUUCAGGCCAGUGGCAAACAAGCAUCUUAAGAGCAAGAAGAGCCUCAUAAAAUCAGUCACAGUGCCAUAUAACCAUACGUAGCGUGUAUCAUCUCUAUUAUGUAGGGAUCUUCAUCUUGGAUGGACUUAUAAAAUGCAUUACCUUUCUUUUCCUUCUCUCUAAAAUAACAGUGAAACAAGCAGUCCAAGUCAGUUCCCGUUACAGCGAUAGAAACAUGCCUGUUAACCACACUGAGAGCUGGACACUGUCCUGAAUGGCUGUACAAGUGAUCAAAAGAUAUGUAUUAUAGGAAUGUACAGUUAUGCUGCAAGAAAUUUUGCUUUAAUUCUCUUCAAAGGCUCCAGGAAUCUCAGGGAAACCAAGAAAAAUCUUAACAGUAAGUCUUAUGGGCACACGUGAGUUUAUCAAAGCCCUCGUCAUCUGAUACUGAUUUCCACUGUGUGUAAAUAAAUAUAUGAAUCAUUUUUUUACUUCAUCUUUGUAAUCAAACAGUCCUGAUUUUUUUCUUACUUAGUAUGGUAGGAGUAUCCUCAGUGUUUUUGCCUGGGGCCCUUAGCUCUUACCCAUGAACUCCCAUCAGUGCUUGUUCUCUGGGAUUGAUGACCAAGAGAGGAGGGGGUCCUGUUGUGCCAGGUGGGUCCUGCCCUUGGAGCUGUGCACCUCUGGCACUGACCAGCGGGCAGCCCAAGGGAGUCCACACAGAGGAACUGCAAGCAGUGAAUCAGUGUGUUGGGGGGAAAUACCACAUUUACUUAUUUUCAACAUUUCGGGUCAAGUUCCGUUAACGAUGGAAGGGUUGUUGAGAUUAAAACAAAGCAGAUGGAGACUGAUAAAACCAGAGAAGAACAGACGAAGGUAAUGAACUGGGAGAGAAAUUGCAAGGGGACAGGGAGUCAGAGGGGGUAAGUGUGGACUGGACCAGACGGAGAAUGGCCAAGGUGAAAAUACCCCGCUGGGUAUAUACCUCUCUGCAGCGCCUGGUGGGGUGGCAGCUUCUCCUGCUCCUCUUGGCUUUGGUCUGCCUUGGGGCCUGGAGUGAUGCCUCCUCAGGAUUAUAUUACUUGUGCUCCCUGAGCGCACCUGGCUUGAGGAAGAGUGUUCAUUUCCCUCCCCAUGUGCCCCCAGAGGGAGUCAGUGGUUCCUGAACAGGAUGAACUGUAGUUUCACCCAACUUGCUUCUGCCCCAGCUGAUGGGGACUCCUGACAGCAACGGUAAUGUAAUCCUGGGAAAUCUGGGUUACCCUGGGUUGUCUGGAAGAUUGCUCUGAAAUAGAACAUCCUUGUGAUGAACGGAGGCUCAAAAGCAGAAGCAACUUCCAGAGCUUUCCCCAACACAACAGCAAGGAGAGGAUCAAUAACUCAGUUGUAACUCAUCAUCAGAGCAGUGGGAUGAAGGACAGAGGAGGCGCCACCGUGUGUGAGGUUCCCACAGGGAGUUUCCUGCUUUGACUCUGGAAGUCUUAGAGGAAAAUGGAUGUAUAUUGUUCCUGAGGGGGAUUGUUCCUUCCCAGGGGAAGGUCAGCUUUUCCCCAGUGUGAAUUUCUGCUGCCUCCUGCUCGCUCCAGUCAAUUAACCUAAAACCUACAAACUGCACAUGCCACAGCUCUGUGCAGUUAUUAUAUGAAACUUUAACAGUUGCAUGUGGAUUUAAUCAUAAACAGCCCAGGAAUGGAUUCAAGUUUAUAUUCCUCUCCAAAUAUUUGUAUUCCUGUAAUGGAAUAUUGCCCAUUUUUCU